UCUUCCACCCUUUCCCGUGUUUUUUAGUGGUUGCUUGCUCUUCUCUCUCCUGAUCCAUCUGGGACGGGGUGAGCGGGAUGCGAAAGCGGGAUCGGGCCCAGCCGAGGCCGGUAGCGGGGAUGCGGCGGGGUCGGAGCGCUGGGGACUUUUGGGGACGCACACAGAGAGUAGGGGAGCGUUCGCUGGGGGCGAAGGUAGACCUGUCCCGGAUUACCGCGGCCUUUGCGCCGCUCCUGGGCCAAGGUGCCCGGCCUGUCGGGGCGGAGCCUGGAGACCGACCGCAAUCACAGCCCCGCCCCUAAGGGUCCCCGGCUGCUGCUGACCCUCACGGCCUCGGUCCUUUUCGCCGUGCAGCCUGUCUUUGUGAAGGAGGCCUGGUGCGGGUCCGCUCCGUGGGCCCGAUGUCACGUGAGCUUUCUCUCCUCUUCCCAGCAUUCUCCUGGGUGCCCCCUCCGUCAGGAAGCUUUCUGCUGCUGGGGGUGCCUUGCGGCUCCUCCCGGGCUCCAGCUCUGUCCCUGGGGAGAUGUUGGCCUGAAGCCAGCGCCCCCUCCGGAGAAGAAGUGACCGCGUCCUGGUGGCCCCGCCUCCCGGGGUCCCCCUCAGUGACAAGUGGGGUUUCUCAUGGGCUUCCUUUCCUCCCCAGCACCGCCACCUCUCGGGGCCUCUGCUGUGCCCCUGAGAAGGAGGAGGAAGAGGAGGAGGCGAUGGCCCCCGCAGGGACCGCCAGGCCCAGCCAGGAAUUGGUGACAUUCAAGGAUGUGGCUGUAGAAUUCACCUGGGAAGAAUGGGUAUAUUUGACCGUGUCUCAGAAAAACUUAUACAGGGAGGUGAUGCUGGAGAACUAUAGGAACCUGGCCUCUUUGGGAUUUGCAGUUUCCAAACCAGAUGUCAUCUACCAAUUAGAAAGAAAGGAAGCAUUUUGGAUAUCAGAGGCAGAUAUUUCAAGAAACAGCUGUCCAGAGGGCAAAGAAAUUACUGGAAAGAAACCUUCUGAAUGUAGUGAAUAUGGAAAGGCCAUCAGGAGCAAACAGUGUCUUGCUAUACAUAAGAGAAUUCAUACUGGAGACUUUUUUUAUAAAUGUAAAGAGUGUGGGAAGGCUUUCCAAUGGAACUCUGAACUUAUCCGACAUCAAAGAAUUCAUACUGGAGAGAAACCUUAUGAAUGUAGUGUAUGUGGGAAGGCCUUCAAUGUAAAGGCAAAUCUUACUCGACAUCAGAGAAUUCAUACUGGAGAGAAACCUUUUGAAUGUAGUGAAUGUGGGAAGGCCUUUAGACAGAAGACACAACUUCAUAUCCAUCAGAGAAUUCAUACUCAAGAGAUUCCUAAUGCGUGUAAGGAAUAUGGCAACUCAGAACAUUUUGAAAAUCAAAAAAUUCAUACCGGAGAGAAACAUAAAUGUAAUGAAUGUGGGAAGGCCUUCAGGAAUAAAACACGACUUACUGUUCAUCAGAGAACUCACACUGAAAGGAUUAUUUAUGGACGUAAGGAGUUUGGGAAGGCCUUCUACCGCAACCCAGAUUUUAUUCAUCCUCUGAUAAUUCCUACCAGAGAGAAACCUUAUAAAUGUUGUGAAUGUGGGAAAGCUUUCAAGAGGAAAACACAAUUUACUGUGCAUCAAAGAAUUCAUACUGGAGAGAAACCUUAUGAAUGUAGUGAAUGUGGGAAGGCGUUCAGAUUGAAAGCACAUCAUACUCGACAUGAAAGAAUCCAUACUGGAGAGAAACCUUAUGAAUGUAGUGAAUGUAAGAAGGUCUUUAGUAGUAAGAUAAAACUUACUAUGCAUCAGAGAUUUCAUCCUUUAAAGAUUCUUUACAAAUGUAAGGAGUGUAGGAAGACUUUCUAUCACAGUUCAGAUCUUAUUAAACACCAGAGAAUUCAUACUGGAGAAAAACCUUAUAAAUGUAGUGAAUGUAGAAAAGCCUUUGAGAAGAAGGCACAUCUUAUUGUGCAUCAAAGAAUUCAUAAUGGAGACAUUGUUUAUGAAUGCAAGGAGUGUGGGAAGGCUUUCCUCUACAACUCGGCAUUUAUUGUACAUCAAAGAAUUCAUACUGGAGAAAAACCUUAUGCAUGUAGUGAAUGUGCAGAAGUGUUUCGAAGUAAGACACUACUUAAUGUGCAUCAGAGAAUUCAUACUGGAAAGAUUCUUUAUGAAUGUAAGGAGUGUAGGAAGGCUUUCCCCUACAAGUCAGAACUUAUUCGACAUCAAAGAAUUCAUACUGGAGAGAAGCCUUAUAAAUGUCGUUUAUGUGGAAAAGUGUUUAGGCGAAAGCAACAUCUUACUGUGCAUCAGAGAAUUCAUACAGGAGAAAAACCUUAUGAAUGUAAUGAAUGUCAGAAAGCCUUCAAGAGAAAGGCACAUCUUACUAUACAUCAGAAAUCUCAUGCUGGAGAGAAUCUUUAUCAAUGUAAGGAGUGUGGGAAAGCUUUCCCCUACCAUUCAGCAUUUAUUCUACAUCAAAGAAUCCAUACUGGAGAGAAACCUUAUGAAUGUGGUGACUGUGGGAAUGCCUUCAGAAGGAAGACACUACUUACUGUGCAUCAGAGAAUUCAUACUGGAAAGGUUCUUUAUGAAUGUAAGGAGUGUGGGAAGGCUUUCCCUUACAACUCAGAACUUACUCGACAUCAAAGAACUCAUACUGGAGAAAAGCCUUAUAAAUGUCAUUUAUGUGAGAAGGUCUUUAGAAGGAAGCAACAUCUUACUGUGCAUCAGAGAAUUCAUAAGGAAAAAAAACUUUAUAAAUGUAAUGAAUGUCAGAAGGCUUUCAAGAGAAAGGCACAUCUUACCAUACAUCAGAAAUCUCAUGCUGGACUUUAUCAAUACAAGGAAUAUGGGAAAGCUUUACCCUACAACUCAGAGCUUGUCCAACAUCAAAGAAUUCAUACUGGAGAGAAACCUUAUAAAUGUAGUAUAUGUAGAAAGGCCUUCAGACUGAGGAUUCAAUUUACUCAACAUCAAAAAAUUCAUUCACAAGAGAAGCCUCAAGUGUGGGAAGACCUUUAGACUUAGUUCAUUAUUUUAUGCCUAUCAGAGAGUUCAUGGAGAUAUUCCUCAUAAGGCAUGUGAAUUGACUUUGUAUCACAACUCAUCUUGUAAUUAAUGAAUUCAUAAUGAAGAGAAACUGUAUAAAUGUAGAUAACAUGGGAAAGUCUUCUGGAGGAAGGAACAACCCCUUGGGCAUCAGAACAGAAAAUUCAUAUUGAAGAGAAAUAUUUUAAACAUAGUGAAUGUUUGAAGGGCUUCAGGAAUAAGACUACUAUCCAUUGGAAAUUCAAACUGGAGACAUUCUUCAUGAGUCUAAUGAGUAUGGGAAGAUUUUCCUCUAUAAUUCAGCAUUUAUUCUAUAUCAAAAUUCAUACUGGAGAGAAAUCUUGUGAAUGUGGGAAGUCCUUUGAGAAGCAAAUACAACUUACUGUCCAAUGGGAUAAUAUUCUUUAUGAAUGUAAGGAAUGUAGAGUUAAUAUAGGUUUGGAUUUCACAUUGAACAGGCAGAGACUGAAAAAGGGAAGUAAAAGUUGAUUGCUGAUAUAAACAAGAAAUAGUGAAAAAAAAAACUUGUAAUAAGCACACACACACACACACAUACACAAACAGGUGCCAUUAUCACAGUAAUAACAAAGACAGACAUGUAUCAUACAUCAUUACCAGUUUGGGAAACACUAACUCCUGACUCUUCAGUCUGGGGGAACCCCAAAUCAUUCAGCCAGGGAGAGUACACUCCAAAGAGGGAAAAUCCCAGGCAAGACCAUCCUCUCUUGGGGUGAUGUUCCAACAGCCCCCUCCCUCUACAGGGUUUUUAUACAUUGAGAAUAAAAAAGGCACUGUGCCCAGUUUAUUAUUUGAUAUAUGAUCCUUUGAACUGAACAGCUCCCCAGAUAUGGGGGCUUCCACAAAGGGGAAUAGUUUAUCCAUUCCCUUAAGCUAACUGGUUUCAUUCAGGGAACUGACUAGGUUUUUGGGGUGAAAUGCAUACCAAAGCUCAAAAGAACGUCUUAAAUCAAGCACAAGGAAAAGUGGCCUGCUCUUCCUGUGCCUCCUGGUGAAUUAUCAAUUGCAAGUACCUUGUCAUGUUCUCAGUACAAGGUUACAUAGAGGAACUUGGCUGACAUUCAUUGAGAUUCUGAUUCUGUACAGUCACUGAAAAUAUUUGGAGGACUUGGCUGAGACUUAAGAUUUUUCUUACAAGUAUGAGAGGAACUUCCAGGACAACUCAGUUGUUAUUUAACUUCUAAGAAUUUAUACUGGAGAGAAACCUUAUGAAUGUACUGUAUGAGGGAAGUCCUGCUUGAAUUUAGAUCUUAAUCGACAUUAGAUAAUUCGUAUUGGAUAGAGACCUAAUAAGUGUAAUGAAUGUGGAAAUACCUUCAGACUUAGAAUUCAACUUGCUCAAAAUCAAAGAAUUCAUUCUGAAGACAACUCUUUUGCAUAUAGUGCAUAUGGGAAGACCUUUAUGUCUCAGAAUUCUUAAUAGAUUUCUCAUUAAGAUAAGAAAUGUGGGAAGAUCUCUCAGUUGACUAAAAUGUGAUUCUGAGUCCCUCAAUGCAAUUCAGAAAAUCCUUAUCUUCCAUGGACUGAAAUAAUCCCUUUUCUCUCCAGAGCUCUAAAGACACAAAGAUUUGUUGUUAUUUUCCCAUUAGCUUUCAGGAAGGGUGGGGUUUUGCUGACUUAAGUUAGUCCUGAGUGUAGGGUGGUAUUGAGAGAACCUUGAUAUUAACUUUGAUCCCUGGGCAAAUGGCAUGUCAUAAACUUAUAGAUGAUGUCUGCUGAUGAACCUAUAUAUGAUAAAACAGCUAUUGAUUGUGGGUGAGAAAUGUAUCAUGCUCAUGUUACUUCUGUACAUGUUCAUUAGUGUACCCAGUGUGAACCAUAAAGAUUUGGAAU